UUUGCAAAUGAAUUGUAUAUUGUUAGCUCAAUUGAAUAUUGAUAAAUCUAUUGACUCAAUUGAAUUUUGUACUUUAAAAGGGUUUGAAAAUGUUAUUGCUAUUGGAACCUAUAAAUUAGAUGAUCAACCCACAUCCAUUAAUCAAACUCGCCAAGGAGGAUUUCAUAUAUGUAAUUAUGAUUCUGAUCAUCAAAAAAUAUGCACAUUAGCUAUAUAUGAAGGAAGUGGUAUAUUAGAUCUCAAAUGGAUUGAUUGCAAUGAAGGAAUUUUAGCAUGUGCUCAUUCAGAUGGUAUUAUUAGUUUGAAUGAGGUAAAUUUAGAUAAAAAAGUUGAGAUUAUUAGUCAUAAUUAUCUCAUAAAUGAAGAGUGUUUAGUAUUAGCUAUAUCUUUAGGGUCCAAAUCAAAGAAAUUAGUAGCAUCAAGUUCUAAUGGAAAUAUAAUAUUUUGUGAUUUACAUGUUAAUAAUUCAACCAAAAUAAAACCAACUGAUAAAUGGCAGGGUCAUGAUUAUGAAGCUUGGACUGUUAGUUUUGACAUUUUGGAUUCUAAUAAAGUAUUUUCUGGUGGUGAUGAUUGUAAAUUAAAAAUAUGGGACAUACGAAAUAACAAGUCUAAACCUUUGUUUGAAUCUAGAUACCAUACAAUGGGGGUCUGUGCAAUUCAAAGUAGCUCAUACACACCUUUCAUUUACUCUUCUGGAAGUUUUGAUCAGCAAUUUUGUAUUUGGGAUCAAAGAAAUAAUAAAAGUCCUAUAUCUUCAUUAAAAUUAGAUAGUGGAAUAUGGAGGAUUAAAUGGAGAAGGAUUAUUGAUAGUAAUAAAAAUCGAAGAGAUCUUAUAUUACUUGCUUGCACACAUGCUGGCUCUUAUAUAUUAGAAUAUUCUCAAAAUAGUGAUUUAAAAAUUUUAGCUCAUUACGAUAAACACAAAUCACUGACAUACGGAGUCGAUUGGCUUAGAUGGGAGGAAUCCAAAGAAAACGAUUCAUUUAUAAUGGCAACAUCAUCUUUUUACGAGAAUGAUUUCCAUUUAUUGCGCGUCACAUUGUGAAUUAUUUUAUUAUACCUCUUAUAAAAACGAUAAAUAUAUUUAUAAAUAAUUUUA